CACAAUAGUACAUAAUGAAGAACGAAAACUCUGAAAUUGAAAGGAUUCUAACGACGGAUGUUGAACCUAAUGGCGAGAAUAAACCAAGACUGCAUUCAGUGGAUAUCGCUGAAACAGACCAGCCCGUCCAAAUUGAGAACAGCCAAACAAAUACAUUGCUAUAUGGUGUUUCUGAUGUCCCACCCUGGUACCUCUGUAUUUUUCUAGGUUUACAACAAGCUUUCACCGGCAUUGCGGGUGCUGUUGAAUUACCCAUAAUUCUCCGUGAAAGUGUUUGUAUGGGAGAUGAUACAGUUGGGCUUUCAGAGUGGAUUGGUACCACCCUUUUUACAACUGGUCUAGCUACGAUAAUGCAGUCAUUCAUAGGUAUACGAUUACCAAUUGUACAGGGAACAACGGUUGCUUUUUUGAUGCCCGUAUUUGCCCUAAUGUCACAGCCAGAUUGGAAAUGCCCUUCUAGUUUAACACAAGGAAUAGAGAAUUCUUCAACACCCUUUCUUGAAGUUGGCAGUGAUAAACAUAGAGAAAUGUGGCAAACUCGACUAAGUGUGGUCUCAGGAUCAUUGAUGGUGGCAUCUCUUUUUCAAAUGAUCCUUGGUAUGACGGGAAUGAUUGGAUUUUUAAUGCGUUUUAUUGGACCAAUCACGAUAUGCUCUGUGACGUCAUCCAUAGGACUCUCAUUAUUUCCCAUAGCAGUUUCUUAUUCCAGUCAGCAAUGGUACAUAGCCCUAUCAGUGAUUUUCUUUGUCACUCUGUUCUCCCAGUUCUUGAAGAGGUGGAAAAUUUUCACCAUUUUUCCGGUUAUUUUAUCCCUUGGACUGGGAUGGCUGUUGUGUUUUGUACUCACUUACACUGGAGUCCUUACCGAUCAGAAAGAUGGCUGGGGUUAUUCAGCAAGAACUGAUAUUAAGUCCUCGGUUAUAGGGAAAACUAGCUGGCUUAGGGUGCCUUAUCCAGGUCAGUUUGGAUUACCAAUGGUCAACAUUGCUGGUGUUUGUGGAAUGCUUGCAGGUGUCAUAGCAUCAGUACUAGAAUCAAUCGGAGAUUACUACGCAUGUGCAAUGCAAACGGGGGCUGGGAGACCACCUUCGCAUGCUAUAAACAGAGGGGUGGCUGUAGAAGGCCUUGGAUGUUUCCUCUGUGGACUGUGGGGGUCAGGUAUAGGCACGACGUCAUAUAGUGAAAACAUCGCUGCAAUAAAUAUUACCAGGGUUGGAAGUAGAAGAGUUGUAUUAGUAGCCGGACUUAUUUUGGUGAUAUUAGGCUGUCUUGGAAAGGUUUCAGCCAUCUUUGUUACCAUUCCACACCCUGUCUUCGGCGGUCUCUUUCAUGUAACAUUUGGAAUGGUGAUGACAGUCGGUCUGACAUAUCUUCAGUUUGUUGACAUGUCUUCGCCGAGAAACAUUUUUGUGAUUGGGAUAUCUAUUUGUACUGGACAGACCAUACCUACGUGGCUUAACCAAAACCAAUCAAGUAUUAAUACAGGUCACCCAAUACUGGACCAAGUAAUCAGUGUUAUGUUGGGAACCCAUAUGUUUGUGGCGGGAUUAAUUGCGUGUCUUCUUGAUAAUAUUAUUCCUGGAACGCAACUGGAACGGGGCUUUACGAGAUGGAAGAAGAGCACCGUAGCCUCAUUUGAUCACACAGGGGCCAGUUCUGUCUAUGGGCUUCCAUACUUUCAGAAGUACUUAAACAGAUUUACCUGGCCUUCAUACAUUCCAGUGUGUCCUGCAUUCAAAGCAAAAAGAAAACGAAGCAUGAAAACAACAUUUUCCUCUGAGUAAAAUCUUUCAACAAUUACAUGUUUUAUUGUUUCUUUUGCUAUAUUCUUGUUGAUUUUGUCUUAAUUAAGGAAUAGAUGAUACGAACAAAAAAAAAAAGUAAAUGUCUGGAUUUUGAAUUGGUAUAUAUUUUGGGCUUAAUUUUAUUUCAAGUUAAUGAUGCAAAUAAUAAAUUUCUAAAAUAAGUGUGAAUGCUUACAGAACUUCUGUAUAUGAAAAAAAAAAACUUGUGGCCUUAAACUCGACUUUCAGGUAUAGUGCAGACUUUUUCUUACUUUUUUAACAAUACAUUUUGUAAUUCCAUCUAUAUGUACAGUAAAUAUAUUCCUGUGAACCCAAAAUAAAGUCACCUCGGAUUCUGCUG